AUGCCCACGAAACGCGAACGCCUGCCAGUUACUACCAUGAUUGGAAGUGUGCGUGCUGCUCUCCCCCGCCUGCACGCCCGUAAUGCCUUGCUAUCUGCUCGCUCUAUUCACAUUAAGAGUGAGCGCUGGACGCCAUCUACUGUGCGGGACGGCAACAUGUUGAUCGAGCAGCAGAGCUCGAUUCAAGCAGUUCGUAUGCUGCCAAACAUUGAAAACCGCUGGGCGAACCUGAGCAAGGAAGAGCAGUACUCGCUAUUCAAAUACAUUGAGGAGGUGCAGCGCAAAGACUGGAAAGAACUUUCUCUUCCUGAACAAAGGGCGGGUAUGUACUUUUUGUGUUGCUAA